GGAGGGCAGGAGGCUGGAGCGCCUGCUGCCCGUCCGCCCGCCCGUAAGAUGGUCACCUCGGCUGGACAGCUCGCCCUGUUCGCGCUCGGCAUCCUGCUGGCUGUGUGCCAAGCCCUGGAGAACAGCACGUCGCCCCUCAACGCAGACCCGCCUGUGGCCGCAGCAGUGGUGUCCCAUUUUAACGACUGCCCAGACUCCCACACUCAGUUCUGCUUCCAUGGAACCUGCAGGUUUUUGGUGCAGGAAGACAAGCCAGCAUGUGUCUGCCACUCCGGGUACGUCGGGGCCCGCUGUGAGCACGCGGACCUCCUGGCCGUCGUGGCCGCCAGCCAGAAGAAGCAGGCCAUCACCGCCUUGGUGGUGGUCUCCAUUGUGGCCCUGGCUGUCCUCAUCAUCACGUGUGUGCUGAUACACUGCUGCCAGGUCCGGAAACACUGUGAGUGGUGCCGGGCCCUCGUGUGCCGGCACGAGAAGCCCAGUGCCCUCCUGAAGGGAAGGAGCGCCUGCUGCCACUCGGAGACAGUGGUCUGAAGAGCCCAGGGGCGGAGUCUGGCCAGGUGGACUGCAGCAGCCUGCAGAAGAAAGGCCUUCCUCAGGACGGCGCUGCAAGGCAUGCUGGGGCAUGCCAGCACACCUCUCCGACUUUGCCUGCCAUCACCUGCGCAGCCUUUUUGCCCUGUUUGGGCCUUUAAAACUCUGCCAAGAACUCUGUCUGCUCGGGUUGUUCUUUGUGACCAAGAAAUCAGUGGACCAGGAUGGAGAGACUGGUCCAACGAGAACUGCAAAGGGUAGACUUCCUGUUUACCGAUGGCAGGUGUGUCAUCGGCGUCCGAGUCCAGGUGUGUGCGGUUACCUGCUGCCAGGCACAGCAUCCAGGCUGGAUUUCUUUGUGAUGCGCCUGCUCCCCAGCACAGAACGCUGUCCAGCACCGGGGGCUCCUACAGUCACUACAGUUUCCUCCCAUCUGCUUACUGGGGAAGGAAGCAGCGAAGGGGAAGCUGCCUGUCGUUACAGGAAGACACUGAGCUUAAGAAGAGCCACGUCCUCUAACCCCGAGGCCCUCAACCAUUCUGAUGGGCUCCAUGGACACUGCCCUCAGAGCUCAUCUGUUAUUUAUUAGAUGGAUAAUGGUUCUAUUUUUAAUCUCUUAAGUCAACGUAAAAAGCAUACACCCCUCCCGACUUGUACAUUCAUGAUGUAUGUAUUGUUAUACUGAUCAGAAACACCGGCCUCUCUGGGACACGUAGGGUUUGGGGAGAGGCCCCCGGUGGGGGGGGUGGGGGGCGAGUAGAGACGGAUCUGGAAGUUGGGUUCCUGACAGAAGCAAGGACUGGGGUUCAGAGGCCCUGCCACCAUUUAGGACACAAAGCAGGAAAACGCUCCAGAUGCACCCAGGUAGGAAAGUUAGCCGAGCCCGCCCGUCUGCAAAAGCCAGCCUGUGUGCCUCUGCCCAGGACAAACAACGUAUACGCCACCACGCAGUGACUGCACAGAUGGACUUCCUCGUGUGCCCCGCCCAGCAUUACAGGCCAAAUCCAUGGAAAGGGGGACCAGUCCUGUAAUUUCCAUUUGGUUGCUUGCUUGGUUGGUUACUUUAUUUUUAAAGGAGAAACGUUAACUUUCCUAUUUAUUUUCAAGCAUUAGGAGAAAUAUUCCAGUGGCUUUUGCUUUUCCGUUCAGGAUGCUGGUUUUAUUAACAAAAAGGCUGGAUGAGCCAUCUCCACCAUGUGGGUCUGAGUUUGCCCUCAAGAAGAGGAAGGGCUGGGCUGUCCUGAACAUGGGGGGAUGCUCUGACCCCCGGGCCCGCCGUGGGGAGCAGGGAACCCCUCCCAGUGAACAGCAGGGAGCUCAUGCCCAGGAAUUUUCGUGAAAAUUUAGAACCAGAAUAAUAUAGAAACUCUGUGUGGGGAAAGUUUCGUACUAGUACUGGAAAAGUACAAGAUUUCCACGUUAAGCCUUCAUUGCAUCUAGCUUAUCCCACCAGGAGAGGGAUAUGUCAAGUUGGCUUAAACUUUCCAUUAGGAAAUUGUAUCCUCCCCGAGUUUCUUCUUCCCUGAGAUUCCUCAUUGCUGCUUUGUAACUGAGACAAACACGGGAGCUGGAUCUUCGCUUUGGCAUUCUUGUUUCAUGAUGCCACACCUGAUGUGCUAACUGCAGAAAAACCAGAGCUGGCCCCUAACUGUGUCAUGACUGAGCUCCAGGUUCUUGGUUUUAGUUUUCUUUUUUUCUUUUUAUUUACUUAGAUUCAAGUUUGCAUUGCUUGGGCUGGUCCUAUAGCAGCAGAUGUGUGGGCCACGGCACGACGGUAGCAGCCUGCUCAGAGAGCAGCCGCUGUCGCUGGUUUUUAGGCACCAGUUUACACCCAGCUUUCUCAUCAGAACUUCCUGAAAGUCUGAGAUUGUGGCUCAGAGACUGAUGAAAGUGGAGUGGCAUCCCUUGGGGUUACUUUAAGAAUUCUUUUCUCAGUCUGCUGGAGAACCGUGACGAUCCGACUGCUUGGGAAGAGGGUGAGCUUGUGUGGACAUGUUCUGUGGGGCUUUCUUCACCCAGCCAUUGGAAGCAUCAGUGCCCGCCUAAAGACAGUGUCAACAGCUGGCGCCCAAGAGACUCAGCAGAGGCUGAGAAGCUGAGCACUGGUGGCCAGUGGAAGCACGGGCUCCCUGCAAGGACUUUAGAUUGGGCGUCUCCCAGAUGCUGUGGUUUUGGGGUCCAGCAGGGGGCAGCUGCUGGCGCCCCCUUCCUGGCGCCUGUACCACCAGGCAGUGGACAGGUGUAAACACACUCCUCCCAGACAGGUCCUUUGUCAACCAGCGAGUGAAACAGCGAGUUGGAAACAGUUGCUGGGUCAAGGCAGGCCUGUGUGGACUGUGAGAGGGCGCACUUGCUCCCUGGGUGCUUUUUCCUUCAGAAAUCAAGUCACCGCUGAGCAUCAGCCGCCUGUCACUUGGCGGCAGUGGUGGUUCUCUGGCGAGCCGUAUCCGUGUUCUCUUUGCAGGUGUAAAAUAGCGCUGCUAAUCCAUCUCUGCAGGUUCCCUGUGUUUCUUUGCCCUUCAGAAAGCCAGUGCUGGAGACGAGGCAAGCCUUCCAGGGGCCCGACCUGGUGCACAGCCACACACCUGGCAGGGGGAGUAUAGCUGCUUCGAAAGGCUCAGGAGACCCUGAAAAGCCCCAUUAAGAACCUUUUUACAAUAGGGCUCCAAAUCUUUUCUAGAGCCUGGGUCUUCCCGCUGCUCUCUGGGCUACAAUGUUUUCUUCUACCACAGCCAAGCCUAAUCCAGCAGGCAGGGCCGCCACUGAACUCAAGUGGAACCAAGCAAGGGGUGAGCUCCCUGUCGGGUCCCAGCACAGGAGCUGGGCAGAACGGCCUGACCGGGCUUUCUCCUGAGGAAGGAGAAGGGAGAGGGUGACAUUCUCCCACCCACACUGGUGAGGGAGGAGGAUGUGUGGUUCCCGAACUUCUUGAGGAUGUUCUGUGCAUGUCUAGAAAGCCGUCCAGGAUUUUCCAGUCAGGUUUUUCAGGGCAUGGGCCCCCUCCCCCACCAAGUUGCUUUUCCACACUUUGGCAGGGACGCACCAACAAGCCUCUCGCUCUGCACGGGAGACCCCUGCCCAGCCAAACGUGAACAGUCCCAGCCAAAGAAGGAUCCAGAAGCCCAGAACCACGGGAUGUCCUAGAAACAAGACCAACACGUGUGUUUGUCUUUAGUGUUCUCAAGUACAACCUAUUCUCUCUAGGCCUGGAUUUUACCAGCCUUCCAGAAAGAUCUAGCGAUGCACACACAGAGGAUACUGAACAGCAAGCCAGCCCUGCUAGAGAAAUCUUACUGAAAUGUUCAACUUUUCGUUACCUUUGUUAUAACAUGAUGCUUUUUUUUUUUUUAGAACUCAUUACUCUGACUUCUGUAUAUGUUGCACUGAAAAGGUUAAUAUUUAAUGUUUUAAUUUAUUGUGUGGUAAGUUAAUUUUGACUUCUGUAAUGUGUUAAUGUGAUUAGCAGUUCUUUUCCUUAAUAUCUGAAUUACACUUAGAGUAGUGAGCAGUAUAAGAUGCAGUUGUGUCCGUCAGUGUUGUGCGUUGUUGUCCAGUUGUACUGUACUUUAUUUGGAAGGAUGAAGGAAUGAACUUUUUUCCUAA